CAGGGUGUGUACCGGGGACGCUGUGUGGGCUGGCUGGAUGGAUGUUUUUUGGGUUUUUUUCCCUCUUCAUCGGCAUCCUCUAAUAUCUUGUGACAUCGCCUCCUUUCUGAGAGAUGCUCAGGGCGGAGGAGACGCAGCGGUCAUCGGGGUAAUGAAAGCGGCCCAUGUGAGGUGUGUCUGACUUGUUUUGCUGCACUCACUAAAUAAAAUGGGAGUUGCUGCACCUGCACGGGGGAGAGAAAUUGUGUGGACUCGGCGCGAGAUGAUGGCUUUUUUAACGUGGUGAGGAAAGGUUUCCUUUUUUUUAUUUUUAAUUUAAAAAAAAAAUGUCUAAAACCAAACAUUGUGAGGCGGUCAGGGUGGUGGUCCGCUGCCGGCCGUUCAGCAGGAGAGAAGAGAUAGCGGGGUGUGAAAAUAUUUUAGAGAUUGAUGACAAACUGGGGCAGAUCACCAUCAGGAAUCCGAAGGCACCACCUGAUGAGCCAAUGAAAGUAUUCACGUUUGAUUCUGUCUACGGCUGGAAUUCAAAGCAAAGCGACAUUUAUGAUGAUGCGGUGAGACCUUUGGUGGACUCCGUGCUCCAAGGCUUCAACGGGACUAUAUUUGCUUACGGACAAACUGGGACAGGUAAAACGUACACCAUGCAAGGGGUUUCAAACGACCCAGAAAGGAGAGGUGUCAUACCUAAUUCAUUUCAGCACAUUUUCACACAAAUAUCCAGAACUCAGAAUCAGAAAUACCUGGUGAGGUCAUCAUAUCUCGAGAUCUACCAGGAGGAAAUCAGAGACCUGCUGUGUAAAGAUAACAACAGGAAACUGGAACUUAAAGAAAACCCAGACACUGGUGUUUAUGUUAAAGACCUGUCUUCAGUGGUGACCAAGAAUGCCACUGAGAUUGAACAUGUGAUGAACAUAGGCAACCAGUCCAGGUCUGUGGGGUUCACCAACAUGAAUGAACGCAGCUCUAGGUCUCAUGCAAUUUUUGUCAUCACUGUGGAGUGCAGUGAAAUAGGGCCAGAUGGAGAAGACCACAUCCGAGUUGGGAAGCUGAACAUGGUUGACCUGGCUGGCAGUGAGCGCCAGAGCAAGACAGGUGCUAAAGGGAAGCGUCUAAAGGAAGCUGCCAAAAUCAACCUGUCCCUUUCAGCCCUGGGGAAUGUCAUUUCCGCUCUGGUGGACGGGAAGAGCACCCAUGUCCCGUACAGAGACUCCAAACUGACUCGCUUGCUUCAGGACUCUCUGGGUGGCAAUGCAAAGACUGUCAUGAUAGCAACAGUGGGGCCUUCGCACAAGAAUUUUGAUGAAUCCCUGGCCACGAUGAGAUACGCCAGCAGGGCCAAGAACAUAAAGAACAAACCACGGAUUAAUGAGGACCCCAAAGAUGCCCUGCUGAGGGAGUUUCAGGAGGAGAUUGCACGCUUGAAAGCUCAGCUAGAGGAGCGAGGGAUGCUCGCAAAAGAGAGGAGAAGGCGGAGGAAUAGCAAAAGACUGAGUAAAGGUUUGGCUGGUAUGGAGGAGGAUAUCCUGAGAGAGAGGGAUGCUGAUGUGUGGAAGACUGUUGAGGAGGAACCAGAUGUGAACAUGAAAGAGGGAGGUGACAUAACAAAGGUUCUGACUUGCCAGGGAAGCGGUGAAAAGUUAAAGCACCUGAAUGAAAACAGAAGAAGUGUGGAGGAUAUGCAGUGGGAUCAAGAGGCUGUGGAGAAGAUCAUAGAGAAAUAUAAGGCCAUGGAGAGCAAGCUGUUAGUUGGGGGAAAGACUAUCAUAGAUCACACCAAUGAACAACAAAAAAUGCUUGAGCAGAAGAGACAAGAAAUUGCAGAACAGAUAAGACAAGAGCGAGAGAUCCAGCAGCAGAUGAUGUUUCAGGAUGAGGAGACUUUAGAAAUGAAAGAAACCUUCUCCUCCCUACAGCAGGAGAUCGAACUGAAGACAAAGAAGCUGAAAAGACUGUUUGCCAAACUACAGGUGCUGAAGGGAGAGAUGAGAGACAUCAUUGAUGAGCACAUCACAACCAGGCAGGAACUUGAACAGACACAAAAUGAACUCACUCGAGAGCUCAAGUACAAAUAUCUCUUGAUUGAGAAUUUUAUACCUCCUGCGGAAAAGAACAAGAUUAUAAACAGGCUGCACUUUGACAGUGAAGAGGACCAGUGGAGACUCCGGCCAGUCAUUCCAUCAGAGAGUACACCCACUCAGGUCAAGAGAAGACCUCUCUCAGCUGUGGGUUACAAGAGGCCAAUCAGCCAAUAUGCACAGAUGGCUGUUGCCACAGCUACUGGGGCCCCAUCUAGAUACCAGGCUGAGAACAUCAUGCUUUUGGAGUUAGACAUGUCUCCACCAACCAUGUUCACCUUAAAUCUUGAUGGCACUCACCUGGAGAGAGCCUUUACACCCAGACUAAUGCACGAUGCCUUGGUAAAUAUUCCCCUUAGAGAAAGGACUGCAUCACCAAGGGUCAGGAAAUCGAAGUCCUGGUAUCAGGCACCACAAGCAGCAUCUAUCACAUCAUCUUCUUCAUCCACCACUCUGACAUCAGAACCUCAGAACUUCUCUCCGUCUCAGAGACCAAGACCGUCCUCUGCUGCCUAUCUUCCACUGGGAAGUCCAGUUCAGACAAGCCCCUGAUUUAUGUCAAUUACACCUGUAUAGCAGGGCUGGCCUUAAUUCAUGCUGGCACUAGUGACAUCUGGUAGAGGUGGGGGAGCUGUAUAUCUUGGCUUUAGAUGGCUUUAAUUUUUGUAACCCCUUCGGUCAUGAUACACAGAAAUUUGGUGGAAAAAAAUUCAUCUUCUGCCUAUAUAAUCUUUUUAGGUAGGAGAUGUCAGAAAAUGAGUAUUACAAUAAAAUUUAUAACUGCAGAAAGUGAUGUACACAAUUGCGUACAUGGUGACCGAAGGGGUUACGCAAAGCAGUUAAGUAAGCAUGUACUCAGCUUAGCCCAGAAGAUAUCCUUGAUUGAUUUAAAAAAAAAAAAAAAGCUUAACUCUUAAAAGUGAUGGUUUGCUGUCUGAUUUAAUGAGAUUUGGCUUUAUUCUCUGUUGCUUAAGCCAUGCCAUUUUUUUUCUUGGCUUGAACUGCCCUACCAAAAUAGCACAGGCAAAGGCUUCCAGGUUUCACUUAUUUUUGAACUAAUUGGGGUGUAUUUCAAUCCUGGUUUUAUUUUAUUUACACACACACACACACACACACACACACACACACACACACACACACACACACACACACACACACACACACACACACACACACACACACCCCAAAUAGCAACACCUAAAUACUUAUUUCUUCCCUCUCUUUAGACUUGCAUUAUAUCUUUGGCAAAAUACUGAAGGGUGAUGGAGCGGGUGGGUACUGAGGGACCACCCUGGUUUAGUCUGUAUGCUUGAUGAAAUGUUGCUUUACUUUGUAGCCAGUGUAAUUGUAAGCCAAAGCAAAUAUGAAGAAAGCUUGCAGUGCUCUCUAAAUCAGCUGCCUUAUUUUUUCAUAGUUGUGAAAUUGUGU